AUGCCAGACUUUUGUUCUGUAUAUGUCAUUUCCAAAGGAAAGAUCUCGUCUACACUAUCUGCCUCCCGUCCACCCCCAUUUGUUUCCCCAAUCCGCAAUCAAUUAUUGUAUCAGUCCAGCAGCAGUCCUGAUAUGUCUGAGACACAGUUACCCUCUACAAUGAGUAUAAAAGGAGUUCCAAGGUCAACAUCUGAGACACCAACGAAUAGCUUGCCCAAUGACACAAGCUUCAUCAAAUCGCCAUUUACUCACAGGAGAGGCCCAAAUGGCAAACCAUAUGAACUCUCCCAACCAGACGCUGAUAUAUCCUUUGUCAGCUCUGGAAGACCAAGCACCGAUCGCAUGUUUCCAUCAUUUGAUGAAAGCUUCGAGAUGGGUCCAACCUCCCAGCUUUCAAGUUUCUCAGACAUAGACAAUAAAAGCUUUGAGUCGUUGCAUCUUGGACGUAGAUCUGUAGAUAUGCGCACCUCUCCUGAAUCCUCAUAUGUCUCACUUGACAGUGAUAGAUCAAUCACAUCACAGGCAAUGGUAAGGGUUUCAAAGCCACUCAUGGACGGCUACAUGCAUGCAACUACACAUAAUUAA